AUGGGCCGUCUGAACGAGCAGCGGCUCUUCCAGCCCGACCUCUGUGACGUGGACCUGGUGCUGGUGCCCCAGCGCAGCGUCUUCCCGGCUCACAAGGGCGUGCUGGCCGCCUACAGCCAGUUCUUCCACUCGCUCUUCACCCAGAACAAGCAGCUGCAGCGCGUGGAGCUGUCCCUGGAGGCGCUGGCGCCGGGCGGCCUGCAGCAGAUCCUCAACUUCAUCUACACGUCCAAGCUGCUGGUCAACGCCACCAACGUCCACGAGGUGCUCAGUGCCGCCUCCUUGCUGCAGAUGGCCGACAUUGCCGCGUCCUGCCAGGAGCUGCUGGACGCCCGCUCCCUCGGACCCCCGGGCCAAGGCACCGUGGCUCUCGCCCAGCCGACGGCCAGCUGCACCCCAGCCACGCCACCCUACUACUGUGACAUCAAGCAGGAGGCUGACACCCCGGGCCUGCCCAAGAUCUAUGCCCGUGAGGGCCCCGACCCCUACUCGGUGCGUGUGGAGGACGGGGCUGGGACCGCUGCUGGCACAGUGCCCGCCACCAUUGGGCCAGCCCAGCCUUUUUUCAAGGAGGAAAAAGAGGGAGGUACUGAAGAGGCCAGAGGGCCCCCGGCCAGCCUCUGCAAGCUGGAGGGUGGUGAGGAGCUGGAGGAGGAGCUCGGGGGCCCUGGCAGCUACAGUCGCCAGGAGCAGUCCCAGAUCAUCGUGGAGGUGAACCUCAACAACCAGACGCUGCACGUGUCCACAGGGCCCGAGGGGAAACCGGGCACUGGGGCAAACCCGGCCACCAUGGUGCUGGGCCGGGAGGACGGGCUGCAGAGACACUCGGAGGAGGAGGAGGCUGAUGAUGAUGAUGAGGAGGAGGAGGAGGAGGAGGAGGGUGGUGGCAGUGGAGGGGGAGAGGAGGAGGAAGAGGAGGAGGAGGAGGAGGGUGGCAGCCAGGGAGAGGAGGAGGACGAGGAGGAGGAGGCGCACACAGAGCCAGAGGAAGAAGAAGAGGAAGAGGAAGGGCACAGUGAGCAGGAUCCAGAGAGCUCAGAGGAGGAGGAGGAAGACGAGGAGGAGGAAGGAGAGGCCGAAGGUGGGCAGGGGCCAGUGGGGACCGGGGGGCGCCAGGGCAGCCGAGCAGACCCCCCUGCCCACAGUCGAAUGGCCACGAGGUCCCGGGAGAAUGCCCGGCGCCGGGGCACCGCUGAGCCUGAGGAGGCUGGGCGGCGGGGUGGGAAGCGGCCGAAGCCCACUGGAGUGGCCCCUGCACCCGCCCGUGGGUCACCAGCCACCGACGGGCUGGGGGCCAAGGUGAAGCUGGAGGAGAAGCAGCACCACCCAUGCCAGAAGUGCCCACGGGUCUUCAACAACCGCUGGUACCUGGAGAAACACAUGAACGUGACCCACAGCCGCAUGCAGAUCUGCGACCAGUGUGGCAAGCGCUUCCUGCUGGAGAGCGAGCUGCUGCUGCACCGGCAGACGGACUGUGAGCGCAACAUCCAGUGUGUGACGUGUGGCAAAGCUUUCAAAAAGCUCUGGUCCCUUCACGAGCACAACAAGAUCGUGCAUGGCUACGCGGAGAAGAAGUUCUCGUGCGAGAUCUGUGAGAAGAAGUUCUACACCAUGGCCCACGUGCGCAAGCACAUGGUGGCCCACACCAAGGACAUGCCCUUCACCUGUGAGACCUGUGGGAAGUCCUUCAAGCGCAGCAUGUCCCUCAAGGUGCACUCCCUGCAGCACUCGGGGGAGAAGCCCUUCAGAUGUGAGAACUGCAAUGAGCGCUUCCAGUACAAAUACCAGCUGCGGUCACACAUGAGCAUCCACAUCGGCCACAAGCAGUUCAUGUGCCAGUGGUGUGGCAAGGACUUCAACAUGAAGCAGUACUUUGAUGAGCACAUGAAGACCCACACAGGGGAGAAACCUUACAUCUGCGAGAUCUGCGGCAAGAGCUUCACCAGCCGGCCCAACAUGAAGCGGCACCGGCGCACGCACACGGGCGAGAAGCCGUACCCGUGCGACGUCUGCGGCCAGCGUUUCCGCUUCUCCAACAUGCUCAAGGCCCACAAGGAGAAGUGCUUCCGUGUCAGCCACCCGCUGGCCACCGACGGGUCCCCGGCCCCCGGCCUGCCCACUGCCCCGCCCGCGCACACGCUGGCCCUACUCCCGGGGCCACCGCACCUGCCACCUCCGCCACCACUCUUCCCCACCACGGCCCACGGCGGCGGCAGGGUGGACGCCAACAACUGACCCAGCGCUCCUGCGGGACCUGGAGCCCAGGGCUGCUCCAGGAGGGACCCCGCUGCCCUCCCCUCCUUCCUGGGGCCGCUGCCCCGGAGGCCCUGACCCCGAGGGGCGCGCAGGCUGGCAGC